AUGCUUCUGCGUAGAGUUUUCGCUGCUGGUAUUCCACGAUCGUUGUCCACUGCUACGAUGCCGGAACAGUUGGUCACAUCGGAAAGAGCCUCCGACGUGUUAAACCAUCCGGAUUAUUUUGAUGUUCAUAAGCUUUUCACUAUUGAAGAUUUGUUUAAAGCUCGAGUUCACCUGGGCCACAAGGAAGGUACGCUGAACGACAACAUGAAAGGCUAUUUGUACGGCAGCCGUUUGGGUCAUUGUAUCAUCGAUCUGGACAAAACGGUGGAAUAUCUGCGCACCGCCUUGAACGUAGCCGCCCAUAUUGCAUAUCGGGAUGGAAUUAUUUUAUUCUUCAAUCGGAACGCACUCAACGCACACAGAGUGGAACAAACGGCUAAAGACUGUGGCGAAUUUGCGCAUACGCGCUAUUGGCGAGGCGGUGUAUUUACCAACGCUAAGGUUCAGUUUGGAGCCGUGACGCGUUUGCCGGAUUUGUGUAUAUUUUUAAACACCAUGAACAACGUUCUCGAUAUGCACACGGCCGUCCGUGAUGCAGCCAAGAUGAAUAUUCCAACGAUCGGGAUCGUUGAUACCAAUUGCAAUCCAAAUCUGAUCACUUAUCCCGUACCCGGUAACGAUGAUACUCCGGCCGCGAUCGAGUUGUAUUGCAAACUGUUCAAAAAAGCCAUUCUUGUGGGAAAGGAGAAACGAAAGGCGGACGCCGCUAACGGAACUCAGUGA